AACCAAAUUAAGAAGUAAAUAUCAUUUUAGAAAAUACGCUUCAGUGGAAAAAACAAUAUUUAGCGUCUAAUAAUCAAACCGCGGUAAACUUUGUGCUUGAGCUGGCAAAAUAUUGAGAACUUCUUCUCUUGAUCACGAAUUCAUUAUAGGAUUCACUAUUCAGUAACAGCUUUGAAUGAAAUUAGAUGUGAAUGAGUAACGUUACACUAAGUACGGUUAAAGUGUGUCAAUCAUGAAUCCACAGCAGUUUUCUUUGCGUUGGAACAAUUACACUUCUUAUAUAGCUGGAGCAUUCGAUUCACUUCGAUAUGAAGAAGAUUUUGUUGAUGUGACAUUGUGUUGCGAAGGGCGAAAGAUACGAGCUCAUAAAAUACUUCUCUCAGCAUGCAGUCCAUAUUUUAAAGAUGUGUUCAAAGAGAAUCCCUGCCAGCAUCCAGUUAUAAUUUUCAAAAAUGUGCGUUACACCGAUCUUAUGUCCCUAGUUGAGUUUAUGUAUCAGGGUGAAGUGAGCGUGCCGCAGGAACAACUACCUUCCUUUCUUCACACAGCCGAAAUUUUGGCAAUAAGAGGACUCACCGACAACACAAAUGAUUCGCGCCAACCGGCAAGCACAACUACUUCAGCCAUCGCUCAACAACUCAUACAAAGUCAAGCGGUAUUGGAAAAACCAGCUACAAUUACCACUACUGACUCUCUGUAUCUUACAUUGCCAUCAAAUUCUACUAUAGUCCAUCAACCAAAGCUUGUACAAGCGCAGAUUCAGACAACUCCUAUCAUAACUAAGCCACUGAUCAAAAAUACACCUACCGAAAUUCCCUCCUUGGCUGCCUCAUCAACACUUGCAGUGCCAAUUGCUCAACAACAACAACCAGCUAUCGCCAAAAUACAGGUACAAGCAACGUCACAGUCACAACAGCCACAACAGGUACAAGUACAAGUACAACAAGUACAACAAGUACAACAAGUACAACAGACCCAACCACAUCAAACACAGCAAGCGACAAAUUCCCAGACUCAAUCGCAAUCCCAACAAGCGACUACUCUGCAAGAAGUCGUUGAAAACGUAGUUCUCCCUAGAAAGAAGAAAGUAAAAGGUCAACAGAUAAUUGCAUCACAGUCAAACACAUCUAUACCUUCUGGUUCUACGGUAACAGUUACUACAACGGCGACAGGGCAAUCUGGUGACAAUGAAAUGUAUGAGACAGACACCUAUACUAUCACGACGAAGGAUGCACGAGAAGAUCACGAACAGGCCGAACAGUACGUAGAAAGUGGACAAUCUUCUGGCACUACGUUAAAGAUGGAAAUUCCAGAGUUUAUCAGCGUUGGAGAGCCGAUAAAUACUGGUAACGGCACAAAUAAUACAUACCUCCAAGAAAGCUACGAACUUGUCUCAGAAAAUAUGGAAGAUAAGGACGAGGAAGAAGAUAUGGCACAGGAUAAUAUUGAGAUAGAAGGAUCGGAAGUGGAUAUGAGUCGUCUUUUCCAGGGAUCAACUGAUGAGCAGACAAAAUCUAACAUUUUACAAGAUACAGAACUUCGCUUCCGGUGCAGUAUCUGUUGGAAGGGCUUCAAGCACCCGAUGUCGUUGACCCUGCACAAGGAUUUACACUCGGGAAAAACCAAGUGUCCGGUUUGUUUGCGUUCUUUCUCUCGCAGUUACGAUAUGCGCAUUCACCUGAACAAAAUCCACCAAGUGACACUGAAGCUAGAUGCUCGUUUCAACUUUAAAAACAUGAAAUCAGAGUAAAAAUACGCUUAUUCUGUUUGGCAAGUCAAUUCUCAAUGUUGAUAGCAGUGUUCAUCGCUCACGAGAUUUUAUUUUUAAAGUAUGCUAAUAGUUGUGAUUACUGUGGGUUUCAAAUCCAUCUGGAGAGCGUUGAGUUAUCCUGUAAACAUUCAAAACUGAUUCGUAAAGUAUUGCAAUUGAAAAACUUAGGAAACAUAAAAAAUACCCUCGGGAAAUUCGUUAUUCGUUAUUCGUUCAUAGUUAUAAUUGUUAUUAUCGUCCGUUGAAAAAUGUAAAACAUGUUUAAUAUACAGAACUUGUUUUUUGUAAUAUCUAAAAAGCAAAAAAUUAAAAACGAUUAUUCAUUUGACAAUCAGUAAAAAUCUGAUUUUGGCUUUGGAACCAUAACCCGAAUUAGCUUAUCGAGCUUAUCGAAAUGACUUUGCUGUAAAAACAAUAUAUGAAGAAAAUACUCUUUCUUGGUAGAAUAACAGUUUUUUGCCAUUUAAAAACUUUGCUGCCGUUUGUAUGUAUCCUCCUGGGGUUUGAAGAAUAGUGCAGUUAAAUAAAAAAAACUGUUGAUUGCACAUUCGAAAUGACAUGUGCUGUGCGUUAUCCAUUACAGAUAGAAAUACUCGAAACAAGAAAGAAGAAGAAUCAAUACACCUGCACAAAAGAUUUAAGACUGAAAAUAUAGGAUUUCAAAUCAUAUAAACGAAUAGUUCAAUAGUUCUUAGGGUAAUGUCGGCACCCACAGUCUGAUGACAACUCCACAGUAUGCUUGCAAAAUUCUCCUAGUCGAUUGCAACACACCCCUAUAUGAUUGCAAACUCCCAAAGUAUGCUUGCAAUAUUACCCUAAAUGAUUGAACUAUUCCUUAAAUAAUUCGAAACCCUGUAUACAUUAUUUUGGAAAUGACUCGGGUUGAUGUACCAAUGCGCUCAACCAUUAUCAAUCUGGUUGAGUUUUUUAGUCUCUGAUGCUUCUUCGGGGGUGUUGCAGGGGAGUAACCUUUGGACCGCUGCUGUUCGUCAUUUUUCAAAAUGGCGUAACUCGAUUGCUCCCUCCUGAUAGCCACCUGCUGUACGACGACGCAAAGCUGUUCCUGACUAUCCUUGACCUGUCAGACCAACUCCGCCUUCAAGCCACUCUAAGUGCCUUCCAGUCUUGGUGAUCUUUGAAUGGACUUGACUUGUGACAAUACGUCGAAUGGACAGAAGUUUGCUGUCGACGCGCUACUCGACGUGGAGAAACGCCGCACUCGCUUUGGCUCCUUUGAUCCGUUUAUUCGCAUGUGUAGUGAGCAGGGAUGUAUCAAAUAGGAUAUUUUCAAUUUCGGGAAAAAAUCAAUGGGUAUUUACCCGGUAAAAACCAUAUUUUCCCGGGUAGAUUGGGUUUUUCCAAUCGCGCAACAGCUAAUGAGAGUUUUUACAUAUUGAAUGUAAUUGAUAUCUAUGAUAUGGCUACGAUGGAAUGGAAAUUUGAAGUGAGAGUGUCAAGCAUGUAUGCACGAAGUUUAAGUGAUUCACGUAGAACAUAUAUUGAAUGUAGAACAUAGAAAAGAUUAAAGUUACAACUCCUAACAUAAAGCGCUUAAUAACUUUUAUUUGUGAUGUCAUCAAUUCAAAUUCAAACCUACAGGGCCGGAGCCAUCCGUAAGCGACCCGUAGUCGUACGAGUUGACUCGAAAGGUACAUUAGGUUCAGUCUGGGCAACGAUUCUGGUAGGUGCAAGACACCAUAAACGACAUCAAUCCAACGAUGCACCAAUAAUUUUGGAUCGGGUCGGCUAAAAGUAGGAUCAGUCCGAAGUGGGUCUAGCUAGUCCGGGUUGACCCAAAUUAUCGGCAGGUCCGAGAAGGAGGUUCAAUACUCUGAUCGAAUAUUGUUUAUUGAAUAUUUUAAGACUGUGUAUCACUAAUAUAUUCGCUUGCAAACAAAUAAAAAGCCAAUACAGUUAGCAAAAACCCAACCAGUAAGCGCCCAAAAUCUUAAAUUCAAAUAUCCCUGCUGUCAGAUCAUAUGUCCCUGAAAGGUGACAAUGUGUCCAAAAAGAGUGACGCAAUUUUGCAAUAUAAAUCCACAGAUCUCGGUAACGUCAACGUUUUCAUGAAUCGUUCCACAGUCUUGGGAUCGACGAUCGCCGAUUCAUCAAAGUGUCCUUUACGGUCUUGUGUUCUAUCAGUUUUGAUUUGAUGGUUCAGUAACCGCUCACAGAUACCACAAAAUUUCAGCAAGCCCAGUAAAUUGUAGCCAAGAUUGUACACACUAACACGGCUGCCAAUUCUUUUAAAUUAACCCCGCAAAUCGAAAUAUCAUCUGAAUUUUUAACGGGGGGCCUGUAAGCGCCUAAUAAAUCAACUGUUUGUAUAUCACGAGCACGAGCAUACUGCGUUGUUUUGUUUUAAAGUUCUGACUGACAGGUCGAUAUGACAGAAUGAAUUAUUGCAAUUUUAUUUAUUUGUUUUAUUGAUAUUCAGUGAAACAACUGAUUUUACACUGAUAGUACUGAUUUUCAGUAACAUGUGUAUUACUGAAAUGAAUUCAGUAAAUUGUUUUAAUAUUCUAUUACUGAACCGUUUCAGUAAAAAAAAACUUUAUUAAAGCAGGAUUAGAAAAUUUGCUGUGUAGAACCGCCAUAUGGAACAUUUUUAUCCCAUAGGCAAAAUACGUUGUAAUGGCUGGUAUCCCUGCUGUCAACGAGUGACAGAUAUGCUUUUGCAAGUUUAGCAGCAGCACUGGGUAAAAAUGCGUGGAAAGUACUCAAUGAGAAGUGCUAGUAGAAGAUGAUCUGUUCAUUCAUGUUUUUAAUAUUAUGGAUUUGGCGAAAAUCAAUGAUUGGUUAUUGUACGAAGAAUUUGCAAAUGAAAAUAUAUCUAGCCGCAAUUUUCUUUUCAAGCUAGGCGAAAAGUACGUCGAAAAUAAGAGCGCCAACUUGCCUGUGUCAUGUGCUGGAGGUUCUCGUCAGCGCUGCCACAGAAUUACAGACGUUUGCCUAGAUCCAAACAACUUAGAACAAGAGAUUUGUUUAUAAAAAAUAUAAAAACCCUACUUAUCACUAGAUUGAUGAAAUAAUUUAUAGCUAUAAGCCUAGAUUUACUGUCGUUCAACCCUAUAAGGAAUAAUUAUAACCAGCAGAAAACAAUAUUUUUAAUGCUUUAAUUGUAGUUUUUCUAUCGGUUAUUUAUUUAAUAAUCACAAGACACCUCAUUCAUGUAAUAAAACUUCCGAAAAUAUAGACAAUGCAUGUUUAUAGACCUUAUGUUAUGCAUGUUAUAGCUUUAAAAAAGGGUAACCAGAAGUUAUGGACAAAUAAGCCACUAGAGAAAGCAUAAAAAUCUGCGAAGAACAGAUCGGACUGUUGAAUUAUUCAUUAAUAACUUAUCCAGUGUGUAUGACAAGUUUCCAUCUUUCCCGUACAGUUCGUCUUUACUUAACAUCCUCUGAAUAGUAUGUUUUGAAAACUUUCUAUGAUUUAUUAAUUUGGAAUUGAAUAUGACAACUGCACGAAGUAUAGUGUACCGGGAAACCAAAAAAAUAAAAAUUUGGAAAUUCAAAAUUCUGAUUCGAGUGGCCACCCUGUAAAAUUUAUAUUCGGUUAUCCCUUGCUAUCAUAUUGAAUGCCACAAAGUGUUACGUUGCUUUCUCGUUUUGGUGUAAUGAAUCUUACUUACUUAUCCGGCGCUACAAC